AUGGCCAAAAUGCUGUCACCGGCCCGAACGGCCGUCUGCUUCAUCACCGUGCUGCAAGUUCUGCUAUCUUUCUGGUCUUUGCCCCUCAGCCGCAGCAGUAGCAGCCGCAGCAACGGCGACGUUCAUUAUCACGCCUAUCAAAAUUAUCCGCGCUUGUUGACGACGACGACGAAGCAUCACUCAGGGCCAGCCGGACUGGGUUUCAUGAUGGCCGCAGACGCCCAUCCGUUCCCCCCACACCACACGUGCGUCAAUGGCACGACCGAGGCGACCCGGUCGUUCAUCGAGUCGCUAUUCACGGCGGUGGCGCUGGACAAUUUCGGCACCUCGUUCGCCGCCGCGCUGUCCGACGACCUCGUGUGGACGGUCACCGGCAGCAGCCCGAUCGCGGGCACGUACAACGGCAAACAGGUCUACAUCGACCAGGUGCUCACGCCGUUACGGGACGUGCUGGUGACGCUGCCCGUGCCGAUCGUCGAGCACAUCUUCGCCGACGGCGACUGGGCCACAGUUAACUGGCGGAGUCAGGGCGUGGUCGGCAAGAACGGCGCCAACUACGACAUGCAGUACGCAUGGCUGAUGAGGACGGCGCUCGACAGCGACACGGGCGCCAGGAAGAUCGUCGAGGUCAUUGGCUUUUACGACAGCGUCAAAGUCACCGCCGUAUUCCAGGGCUAUGUCUUCAACACCACCACCAAAGUCUGA